CUUUGCUUGCAUUCUAAAAACCAAAGCAGAUAAGGAAAACCACAAACAGGUGGCCCAAAAGAUGAACACCUCCUUUGUCCCAAAGGCUUUGCCUUCUCUUCCUCUUCUCCAUAGCAAAGCUCCUUUUAUCUCCACUAAAGCUUCAAGCCAGGAAAAAUCUCAUAAAUCAUCUAUUCCACAAUUAAAGGCAUCAAAAUGCAUCAAUUUGAAGGCUAUUGAAAGUCUGGCUUCUUCAAAAUCCUUAUUGGCUAUUCAAGUUGGCGCACUUUUUGCCACUGUAGGUGCAGAGCCAGUUUUGGCAGUGACAGGUGUGAAUAACGAAGAAGACUUGGUUUCGGUGUUGAUCCAAUUGGCCAUUUCUGCAUUCUUCUACUUCCUUGUUGCCCCACCUAUCAUAAUGACCUGGCUUAGGAAAAGGUGGUAUAAGAGGGACCUAUUGGAGAUGUAUUUGCAGUUCAUGUUUGUCUUCAUCUUCUUUCCAGGGUGCAGCAAACUCCUCCGCAUGUGCGGAUAUUCCCUCAGGCCUUCAAUCCUAGCAAGUGCGCACCAGUACUCCGAAGGGUUCUUCUAUGGGCACCAUUUCUGAACUUCAGAAAGUUUCCAAGAGAUCCAUCAAUGAAGUACCCAUGGUCUACGCCAGAAAAUCCAUCUCAAAUUAAGAAUACGUACAGGAAGUAUCCAUGGGCUAC